GCGACAAUGGGUCUCGUCGCACCGCCGUUCCAGAUCAAGUUCGGGAAGAACCAGCGGAUUCUUCGAGGAGGAGGCGAUCGGGGUGGUGCCAGCAAGCGAUUCCUCAUCACCGUCAACGUUCUGGGCAGCGCCGGCCCCCUCCGCUUCCUCGUAAACGAUGGGGAGCUGGUCGCCACCGUCAUCAACACCGCCCUCAAGUCCUACGCUCGGGAGGGCCGCCUCCCUGUCCUUGGGUCCGAUCUCAAUAACUUCCUUCUCUACUACGCCAAUUCUGAAUCUGAUGCUUUGAACCCCUUGGAGUCGAUCGACUCUCGCGGCACGAGGAACUUUGUGCUGUGCAAGAAGCAGGGGGUGGUGGAUGAGCCUGCUUCCGAGGUGCUUGGGAGGAAAGGGAGCGGGAGCUGGAAGGCCUGGCUUAACAAGUCCCUCGGCUUGGGGAUCUCUUCUUCUCAUUAAAUGAUGAAGGCUUUUCUGUCAUCCUUGCUGCCUUACUUUCUCCUAUUGGAGGUUAGUUUGAAAUAAUGCUCUGCUAGAUGGAGGCAUGAGAACAGAAGGGGCAAGAGUGAUUCGUUCCAUCUAUUUUUCGCUAGAUUUUCUUGAGUCUGCGAUGUUAUUUUAUUUCUUUAUAUUGAGUCUGUUGGGUCUUUUUGUUUGAGGUGAUAAUAAGUUUCUAUUAUGAUUUGGAAACUCGAAUCUCUGUUUCUUUGCUUUCUUCAUUUGCUUUGAAGAUGAAUAGAUUGUUUUCUACUGUUUUGAAGA